AUGGACCGUCCUCGUCAAUCAAUGGCUACUACCCAGCGUCAUAACAUCGACCAGAGGGCGGCUGAAGGUCAGAAGAAGUAUCGCUCAUCUUCUAAGCAGGCGAAACCGGCCGAUGUCCCGGUUGCUGCACCCGACUAUGCGGAUUACAAGUUUUCGAGGGGUCAUUCUGCUUCUGACAACUUGCCCUCGUCUUCAUAUGUUUCUGCUGCACAGUCCCAGAACAGAGCAACUUCCAGCGCUGUACCAGUUGCUACCUCUUCUACUUCCCGGGCUCAGGACCCUCCCCGCGAUACAUAUGGUCUACGGAAUUAUCUCAAGAAGAGAGCAGAUAAGCAGAGCCCACACUCAUCGAAUGAAAAGGUGGUAUAUAUGGAAGAAGACAGGGUUUUACGUCCGAGUCGACAGUCUCGCAAUACUGGUGCCCAUGUGAAUACUACCGCUCUUCCGCAAGCGCCGGCUUCGACGCAGACAUACUGGAUACCUCCCCCUCACCCAACUCCCGACCCCAUGUCUUCCUCUAGGCAACACGGAGAACGGGAGAGGGAUAGGGAGAAAGAGGAGAGCAGAGUCAGAAAGGAGAGAAGAAGAGACACAGACAGAGUCAAGGAAAGCGCGAGGGAGAGCGAGGGCGAACGAGAACGAGAGCAUCGGAGAGAAAGGGAGAGAGAAACGGUUCGAUCCGGUGAGGAGAAGGAUAGUCACAGGGAGAAGGACAGACGGAAGGAUCGCGAUGGUCGGCACAGAGAAGACAGGAGGGGAGCUGAGCGUGUCGUUGCCUCGGCAGUACCAAUGCAAAAUUCGAUGUCAUCCACUCGAAGACAGCAGAACGCAGAGGAGAGGGCGACAGUAGCCGUGAUUCGGAGCGGCGGUCAUAUUGCUCCAAUUCCUCCCACAGGUCAAGUACCGUACUCAGGCUCAUCUGGACCUGUGAUUCAACAGAAUGUCAACGGUCAGAUAGACACUCCGGCUGGUGCCCAACCGCGUGCUCCAGGUGAGUCUCGCAGGGGUGAUGCUCAACUCCCUCAGCAUAUUCCAUCUCUGGACCGUGAGAGGCCAAGACCUCCAAGACCUCCUCGCUCACAUCGGGACAGAACCGUCGCCCAGCAGAAUGCUCAAGAGUCAGGAUUGUCAAGCAGCGAGCAAGAGAUGGCUGGCAAGGAGAGGCGAAUUGCUACUCGUCGUACUGCUGUGCGAGACUACCAUACCGACGGGCACCCAUCAGGUAGUGAGACAGAGCGGUUGGCAGCUAGACAGCGGCGGAAGGCCAGCCGUGCGCACGAUGAGUCUCCAGGUCAUUCAAGGUCCAAUCUGGCCGAUCCGAGCGCGAUGUUGGCUUCCGUACUGACCUCUGCUGUACAACAUGGCACGACCAACCUGGAGAUGGCAUAUGCCAGUAAUCAGCAGAGAAACGCAUCGAAGGAUUCUUUCGGUCAUUGGUCGCUCCAAUCGCGAGAUUCCCCUCCUCAAAAAUCUGGUAACUCCCAAAUGCCAACCUCAACUACUCCACCGUCUGUUCCUUUCCCUUCUUCAAGUCAGCCUACCUUACCCGUAGGUCCACCCCCCUCUCAACAUGUUAGACAAUACGUAGUCAGCAUUCGAGCUGGACAGGGUCCGGCUGAUCCUCAAACACCCCGACUACUUCCCAAGUCCACAAAUUUCACUAUUUCGACGCAUCAACCUGAUCUUGCUGUAGCUGAGCGGCAACCACCAUACGAUGCAUCGAAUCAGUCACAAACUCUACCGUCACGCGCAUAUACUCCUGCCCCGUCCUCCUCUUAUCGCCCUCCUCCGCAUCAUCUGCCUUACAGUGAGGGAAAUAAUAUGUCACCCGUUCAGCCCCUGCAGCAUGUAGCUCCGGAUACACUCCAGUUCGUCCAUGGUGAGCACUCACAAGGGAUGCAUGUGCAAGAUCCCACUUUCGGGUCCACGUCCAUCAACCAUGCACCCUAUGCCGUCCGAUCCGGUGAUGGAAGCGUGCGCCCUUCAUCCACAGCGCCGAUCGCUCAUCAUGGUAUCGCAAGAGAUCCUGCUACUGGAUCUGUCAAUCAUGUGCAUCACACACCCCCAUCCGGUGAAGGAAUAGCGCGACCUCCGUCCACAGCACCAACCGCUCAGCGAGGUGUCGUGGCCGUAGUAUCUGCUACUGCAGGAUCGUCUGGCGUGCAGGCAGCGACUGUUGUCAGCCAUACGGGGAAAGGUUAUGCGCCAUACGAUUCCGCACCCCAGUUCCAGUCACAGCAACAAGCCGGAUAUGUGCACAACGUCGUCAAUAAUAUUCGUUCCCAUGCAGCCAGGGCCACAGAAGAGGCUAUCAGUGCUCCGUUACAACUUCCGAAUCUGACGGUACAUGGAUCUCCACGCCAUCCGCAUAAUAGUGUUCCCGUGACCUCGCACGCCCCCAUUUCCCAUGUAGCUCCGCUCGUCCAAGCUACGUCGCACCCGUCGCGGCAGCAGGGGACGCCGCACCCACGCGAGUCGCCUAGGCAGACAUCCAUAUCAUAUCUCAACCCUAAUGCGACUGUCAAUGGAUCUAUGGAGAGCAUUGCGCAAUCCCCUGCCAUGGGUGUUCACAUAGCUGUUCCUGGGAUCUCCAAUCCGGCCUCGCAUUCCCCUUCACGGAUAUAUUCGAAUCUGCAGGGCUCGCCCGGCCUGCAGACGAUACCGCCUCCAUCGAAUACGCCGAAACAUUCCCCCUCAGCACGACUGCAAACUCACCGCAAUGGGUCCGAAGACACCAUAUCGCAUGUGCCGUCACAGAAACCCUCUCCUGUGAUAAAUUCUGCUCAGCGUGCACUGCCGCAUCGCUCUAGUUUAACGAGUCUACAACUUAACGCCGCUUCACGUCCAGAGAUGAGUCCAAUGUCACGACUUAACGUAAUGUCCGGAUACCCAGAUUCUCGAUACCGUUCGGCAACUUCAUCCGCAUAUCCCGCGCAGACUGUAUCGUUACCGUCGCAAGUACCUAUAUCUUCAGAACUUAAUUCACAACAACCGGAGUCCCACAGCACAUAUACUCCGAAUACCUCUUCUAGGACUACGCUGCCAACCGUUUCCUCGCGCUAUUCACACGAACAUUCAUCCAGUGUUCAUCGCGUCCAUGCCGCACCCAUGACCUCCGGGACGCCCAAUCAUUCGGGUAAUCCGCACCCAUCUACGUUUCGUCCUUAUGAUGUACAGUCUUCGGAAAUUGCUCCUCGCGCCUUCGACAAUGCAGGAGCGUCGGUGCAACCCGCUGCUUCAGCACAGCGAGUACAGCCACGGUCGGCACCGUCUCCCACCCCUCACGCACGCCAGCACUAUGUGUCCUCUCCCCCUCCGAAGACGUACACCCCACUUCCCACAGCACCUUCUCAACCCGUGCGUAAUAACACCUUCCCAACUCCCCUCAGUAACCGCCAGAAUGGUACGCCGAUCACCGGCUCCUCUCAUACUCGUACAAUUUCGGACCCGCAACAUGGUUCGCGUACCCCCCGCCCAUCCACAUCGGGUCAGGCACCCGCGUCGUCUUCUUCGAAGUCUAAAGCCUCACGCACUCCAGGUGCUCCCGCACCGGAGUCAAUACGACCGCCGUCGUCAUCUGUACCGUCCAUGUUACCUCGUCAGCCGUCGGGCGCACCUUCCAUGGGGCCUGCAGCCUCGCAAGAAAUGCUACCCAGUCAUAAGGAAAAGAAGAGAGGCGGUAUUUUUGGUCUUUUCCGGUCUUUGUCGUCCCCUCCGAAGCAGGAUGUGCAGACAGUCCCGGUAGGACAGAUGGUCGAGCGGGUGCACCGGCGCCAGCGCCAGGUCUCACAACCUAAUGCGUCCUCUGUUGCUCCACCUGCAGCUUUCACUACGCCUUCAACUCCCGCUACGACGGCCAUCCCGGCUACGGCUGCAACGUCUGCUGCGACUGCAACUUCCACUACUUCUCCGGCUCCGAGACCUAUUGGGAGCGCACCGCCUCCCAUUUCAACUACGAAUGCGUUUAUGGUACCAUUUGCUAUCGCUGCACCAACUCCUAUGCAUCCGUCGGGCAGGAGAAGCCCCUCGAAGACGUUCACGCCGUUCCGCUUGCUGUCGAAGCGGCACCGUACUGUGUCGGCUGCUUCUGUAGAAGCGGUGGAUGGGACUGUGGUCAAUACUGUCUUGACAGGGGGUGAGUCUACGAGAAGUUCAACAGUAGGGAGACCGUCGCCGCCGUUACGCGACCCUUUGGUUGCUGCCCAGGAAUGGCGGAACAAGGAAGAAGCCAACCAGCUUGAUCGUGGUACAUGGCGUAGGCGUCGACCCGGUGUCACGUUUGAUGUUGAGGAAGAUCUGAAUGAGACUUUGCGUCCUGCUCGCAGGAUCGCGCGGCGACCACAAAUUAUUGAAGAGACCUCAUAA